GAACGGACGGCCACGAUGGCGUCUCCCGGGCACACCGCCUCCAGAGUUCCAGACUCCUUCCUGCCUGGACCCCGCUCCCACGUGCCCCCUCUCCUCUUUUUAAGACCGCGGUCAGGCCGGCCACCGUCCCAUCCCACCACCACCUUCCUCCUCUGCCCCCGCCCAGCUCGUUCCAUUUUGAAGAAGCAAGAAACAGCAGCGCGCACAUCUCGCUGCUCGACGUCGUCGGAGGAAGAGGCGAGGGUGAUGGAGCGGCGGAGGGCUGCAUGGGCCGCGGUGCUGGUGGCGGUGGCCGCGUGCGCGGCGCUGCCGGCGAAGACGACGGCGAACAAGAUCAAAGUCAACUGGUUGCCCAACACCAACUACUCCGGCUGGGAGCAGGAGCACGGGCCCUUCUACAAGGGCGACUGGCUCGUGUUCUACUACACGGCGGGGCAGGCGGACGUGGUGGAGGUGAACGAGUCCGGGUACAACCGGUGCGACGCCAGCAACGCCAUCUACAACUACAGCAAGGGCCGCAGCUUCGCCUUCGAGCUCAACGAGACCAAGACCUACUACUUCAUCUGCAGCUUCGGCUACUGCCCCGGCGGGAUGCGCCUGGCCAUCAAGUCCCAGAAGCUGCCGCCGCCGUCGCCGCCGCCCUCCGCGCAGCACCACCGCUCCGCCGCGCUCGCCGGCCCGCGCGCCGGGGUCGCCCUCUACGCCGCCGUCGCCGUCCUCGCCGCGCUCCUCAGGGCGGUCUAGCCUAGCCGAUCUGGUCUGGUUUCCGAGUUCGUUUGUUUGAUGGAUUGUUUGGAGUUUCCCCAUUUCUUCAUUUCUUUGGUGUGUGUUCCUAAUCCUAGGCUAGGAGAGUGGUAGUGCCACGGGCAUUCUUGGUUGACUAGCGGUGUGGAUUUGCGGAACCAAAUGGUUACCGGCGGAUUGAUUUAUCAAGUGUGAAGAGUGCACUGGACUGGAGAGAAAGAAACUGUUUCUACGCUACUGAUUAGUUUAAAUCUA